GACUCGCCUCAAGAACCUUGGCACUUCGAGGCUCGUUCCAAAGCCAAACUGCCACCUCUCCAUCCGAAACCGAAAAUUUCGUCUCUCUCUCCCUCUCUCUACCCUUCAGCGACGUCGUCCCCUCGCUCGCUUCUUGACCCACAACCCAAAAACUAUUCACAAUGCUCGCCCGUUGCUCUAAUCAUACCACCUCAACGAAAAAAAAAUACACCAACCCAGGUGUAAUUGUGCAGGUUUAUUUGGUCCUAAUUGAAGAUUGAGAGCCCACAAUGAUAAUUCAAGGACCGAUAAUUAUGGAACAAACAUCCCAUAUGGCAAUGGAACCUCUGAGAGUUAGCGAAGAACUCCUGGCUCGUCGCCUCAAGAACAGAGAUAGGCAACGAAGAUACAGAGCAAAGAAACGACUUGAAGCAGAUAUGAAGAGAUCACAUAUUUUGCCGCAGCAGCAACCAAGGUGGUCAGUAGAACCGCAGUCACCAAUGACUGUCUUCCCAUCUGAGACUUUCAUACCUUCAACUUACAUGGAAAUUCAAGCAAACAAUCCUACUACAAAUGCUAUAACUCGUGUGUAUAGUGGUCGAAAAUGGAAGAAAGAGGCAAGAUUCGCGCACCAAUCUCAAGCAUUGGGGAUCUUUCAAUCUACAGAAAAUGCUUUGUUAGAAGUUGGUGUCAAUACUGAACAGAUGAGCAGUUCAAGCGGUCGAAGAGAUUGGAAAGCUGAUGCCAGAAACAAGAUAGAUGUGGUUGGUGCUCAGAGUAUGCAGUUGUCUUUUGAAUAGAGGAGACGAUAUUCAGUUGUUCAACUUCUCUAGUGAACGCAUUGAGUAUCAAGUGUCAGAAACAUGCCCUUCUCUUUUGCCGUGUCAAAGCUUCUGAAAGUCUUAAUAGUUGACAGUAUACAGCCUCUGUGCGUUACAUUUUAUAUAGUUAUAUCGAAAAAUUUCUCGUUAUCGUGGUGGGGUACGCUGACUAGUUCUCCAAUGUGCUGGAGUUGUAUUUUGUUUGAUCCUAUCCGCAAUAGAACAUCUCAGGACCACUAGUAUUCUUAUGAGGGGAUAAAUGGAUAAAGGUACACAAAUUUAUUAUCUGUA